AUGGUCAAUCCAAAAGAGCAAGUGCAAGCUAUUAGAGCCAGAAGUGGGAUACAACUCCUAGAGAUAUAUGUGAAAAGACCAGAGAGAAAAGAUAAAGAAGUAAUGGUUAAGGAGGCUGAGAAAGAAGCAGAGUCUGAACCACUAACUAAUGAGAAAGACGAAAGAAAAGAAACAUCCAUAGUUAGAGCACCAAGCCCCGUGAAAGCUUAUGUGUCACCAAUUUCCUUCCCUCAAAAGUUACAGAGAAAGAAGUUGGACAAGCAGUUUGCCAAGUUUGUGGAGAUUUUCAAGAAACUGCACAUCAAUAUUCCGUUUGUAGAUGUAAUUGCCCAAAUGCCCAGCUAUGCUAAAUUCUUGAAUGAGAUCCUGUUUAACAAAAAGAAGCUGGAAGAACAUGAGAUAGUCUGCCUAAACGAGGAGUGCAGUGCAAUUCUUUUGAAAAAGCUACCUCCUAAACUAAAAUACCCAGGGAGUUUCACGAUACCUUGCACAAUUGGUUCUAAUUAUUUUGAACAUUCUUUAUGUGAUUUGGGUGCCACUGUUAACCUUAUGUCUCUCUCUGUUUACUGGUCUCUUGCAUUAGGAGAAGCAAAAUCUACAACAAUCUCUUUGCAAUUGGCUGACAGAUCGAUCAAACGACCGAAGGAGAUUAUUGAAGAUGAUUCAAACAUCCCUCUAAUUUUGGGAAUACCCUUCUUGGCUACUGGAAGAGCACUGAUUGAUGUUUACGAUGGAAAGAUGAUUCUUUGGAUAGGCAAUGAGCAAGUCAUAUUCAACAUAUUCAAGGCGAUAAAACAUCCACUGACUUUAGACACCUGUUGUCAAGUAGAUGUUCUUGAAGAGUUGAUGACAGAUACAUUUGAGACAGAGCAUCAAAUAGUUCUUUGUGAAGCAGAAAUUGCACAAUCGGGAGCAACAAGUGCAGAAAAAAUUGAAUGUGUUGUCAACUUGGCUAAGCAACCAAUAGGAAGAAGACAUUGGCAGUAUGAAUCUCUUGGUGACAACCCUUCACCCCCAGUACCUUCAGUAGAAAAAGCACCCACUUUUGAACUAAAGCCCUUGCCUUUACAUCUCCGUUAUGCAUAUUUGGGAGACUCCACAAUACUUUCAGUAAUCACUGCGAAUGAUAUGACAAGGGAAGAGAAGAAUUGUUGGAGUUCAUGGGUGAGUCUAGUACAUAUUGUGCCUAAAAAGGGUGGAAUUACAGUGGAGAAGAAUGAGAACAAUGAACUGAUACCAACACGGUUAUUGACAGGGUGGUGA